GCAAGAAAAUUCAACUACCGACAAUCUACCUAAGGAUAACUCAAGAAAAACUUUAUUUGAUGUUUCUUUACUGAAAAUGUCAUUAGAACAUCCAUAUUGUAUUCAGACACUACAUACCCUUCGUGGGGUCGAAACACCCCUUUAUUAUAAUAUUGACAUUCAUGGAGAUGGGUAUGUGAUAGGUAGUAACGUAGAAUACGACAUUAUUAAAAGGUCAUCUGAUCAAGAACUUAAAGUAGAUGAAUUAGACAAAUCAGAUAACAUAGUACGAUCAACACAGGACGUCGAAAUGAAAGAGACAAAAUCUGACAAUGAUGAUAAAGUAGUCCCAUAUAUUUGGACGCAAACUUCAACUGAUCUUACAAUUUGCUUUCAAUUGCCACCUGGUACACCUAAAACAGCAGUCCAUUGCAAUUUUACCAAGACACAUCUUUCUCUCACUAUUGAUAUUGACUCUAAUACAAACAACACAAAUUUAUUUCCCCAGUCGCCUAUACCUUGCUACGCUUUUACGCAUCUAUUUGAUCUAAUUGAUCCGAGUUCUUCUCUGUGGACAAUUGAACCAAAAAUUGGAUUAUUGACACUUCACCUUGAAAAGCACCAUCAUAAUACACGUUGGUCACACGUUUUCCAACAAGAUGAUGGGGUUUUCGAAACAAUUGAUCCCAAUGAGUUUGCAGAAUUUCGGGAACGUUUAGAAAAAUAUACUGCAGAGCUUAAUGAUUCUAAAGUCGGACAUCAAGGCAUAUUAGAUGCUUUGAAACAUCCCAUUGGCCACGAGAUGGAAGAGUCUAUUGAUUUCGGGAAUCAAUCAGCUACUUUUAUGUGGGUUGAUGAUGAUGGAAAAAUAAGAGCUAAAACUAGUGCUGGAGGGCAUGAAUUUAUUUCUCGACAAUUUGAAAAAUUUGACAAGCAAGAAUUAAUAAGUGAUGUCUCACAAAUGCCAUCUGUAUGUUUAAGAUUAGAUGUGGAUGGACUAGUGUAUACGAUUUCACAUCCGUCCAAGCUAUUGGAUCCUAAUUCGCUACCAUUAAUAAUGGAUCAUUCGACAACUUUUAAUGCAUUUGCCUUUGUUCAAGCAUCUAAACGAGAAAAAAAUUUCAUGUUUCAUGACCCUGAUAAUCAUCGUACAAAGUAUGAUGAUCAAUUUGUAGUGGAUUUUUCGGAAAAAAUCAAAAAGGAUACGGAUAUAAUUGGAGUUCAAAUGGUAGCAAUUAAGGAAGCAGUGAUCAUGGUUCUUGUUCCCGAUUCAGAAAUCUUAACUAGAAAAAUGCCUUGUAAGGAUAAUACUUUUAACACUAUACAAGAAACCAAAA